UUGAUAUAUACGCAUGGCCAAUGUUUAAUGAAAUGGCUUGGUACACUACUUUAGAAAAAGUAAAAAAUAAACUUGAUAAAAGAGAAUCUACAUAUGACAAUGCAAAUUAUUUUGUUGACUAUAUUAAGACAAUGCUAGCAAAAUUAAUGGUUGGCGAUUGGAAUCCGUUAGAUGAAGCUAUUGUUUAUAGGCGUGUUUCUACUCUUAAAAGAUUACUUAAUACUGCCAUAAAUAUGGGUAUUGAGCAAUUGGAACCAUUUAUUCAUGAGCUUAAGGAUCGUUCAACUGGAUCCAAAAUACCUGAUGAUAUUUUCAAAGUGCAUGAAGAUAAUAACGAGUCAUUACAAAAUAAUUCAAAGUUUGUAUUAUCUGAGGAUCUUAAAAAUAAAAUAAACAGUUCGCCACUUCCCAAAGAUUCACAGCUUUUGCUAUAUAAAAAUGAAGAUUCUGACUUGGUUGAUAUAUCAGGAGAUUUAAUUAAAUUUUUUAAAGAGCACAUUAUGAAACGUGAGAAUACAGCAAAAGAUGAAACUUGGUUUAAUAAUCUUUGUAUCUUUUUAGAUUGUAUAGUCAAAAGGCGUGUUAAUAGAGUUAAAUUAUGGUAUAAACAAAAUACCAAAAACUUUUCGCAAGAUAACUCCCAUAUCAUUCAGGGAAACAAUUUAUUGUUGCAAGAGAUUAGCAAAGAUCACAAGCAAAAAGAUCACAAUAGUGAUCAUGACUGUCUUACGGAUCACAAGUGUCAUUUUAUUUGCCAAUUUGAUGACUUACAUUCCGAUCAGAAUCCAAAAGGAGUAUGUAAACAUGAAGGUGGACAUGAUGGAAAACAUAUUUGUGACAAAAUUCGACAUGAAUGUGGAAAACCUUGUUAUUUAUCCGAUAAAAAAAAUUGCAACAAAUAUUGUACGAAUGAAGUAGAUCACUCAGAGGAAACGAAACAUAUGUGCAAUUCAGUUCACCUAUGUGGUGAAGAAUGCUCGUUAAAAAUAAAUACCGAACGUACGCAAUAUAAAUGCCCAAAUUAUUGUGUUCUGCCAUAUGAUAAAGAACAUAAGGAGAACGAACACUGCUGUGAAAGCGAAUCAUGUCCUAUGCCUUGCCCAAUGCCAAAAUGCAUGAACAAAUGUAACAGCAACAAUCAUCAUCAUGCAUUGGAAGGAGCCGGUAUUAAACAUCUAUGCGGUGAAAGUCCGGGAAUAUGUCAUACACAAAUUAUAGAAAAGAAUGCAGUUUAUAAGGGCAAGCGUUCAGAUAGUUCAGAUAUUAAUUUCACAAAGUACGUCCAAACCAAAAAAAGACUACAGUGCUACAAAAAGAUUCCAGCAGAUAAAACUUUUCACGAUGGAUCACAUAUCCAUGAAGAAAAUGCAAUGCAUACCUGUGAAUGCACAAGACAUUAUGGUCAUACUGGUCUUCAUUAUACUACUCAUGGAAAUAUGAAUUCAACUAUUUUUAUUGCUGAUACAGAUAAUUUUGAAUAUAAGGGUUAUAAAUUAAUGACUGGCGAUAGUGGCGUUUUUGAAUUUUGCAAUAUGCAUUGCAAAAAUUCUCGUAGACAUCGGCACAUAGAUUACUGCAAAUAUAAAGACAAGCCUAAUAUACAACUUAAAGGACAUACUAGUUUAAGGUCUAGGGAAUUUAGAAAUCAUUUUGAAGAUAAAGAAGACGGUGUUAGACAUAUUAAUGACCCAUAUACUGCCUUGGAGCAAGAAGAUUUUGAAAAAUGUGACCAUGAGUGCACUGAUGAAAUUCAUCAAAAAUCAAUAGAUGGUUUAUCACCAGAAAAAUCUUAUUGUGAUUUGCAACUAUUUCAUGAUCCAAUUAAUGCUUUGCCUUCAAGAAAAAAAGGAUAUUUAUCUAAUGAUGGACAU